AUGGCUGCCCCGCAAGCCACCAGCAUCAACGCCCUCGCCGUGACGCCAGACUUACGCUACUGGGUUACUGGUGGGUCGGAUGGCUACAUCAGAAAGUACGACGGCCCUGGCACUAUCAAUGGCAAGCAGCUCUUGACCGUCGCUCAGCGCCAUCCGUUUGUCGACAGCGUCGUCAAGGCGGGCAUCCUCAUGUCAUACUGGGAGAACGAGGAGCCCAGCCCUCCCAAUCCGCGUGGCAAUGAGGAGCACGUCACCUCGCCCGUGUAUUCCCUUGCCAUUCAUUCACAAGCCUUGUGGCUUUUGUCGGGCCUCGAAUCCGGCGGCAUCAACCUGCAGAGCGUGCGGCAUGACGAGGGUAAGCGAAUAACCUGUCUCCAGCAGCACACGAACGCUGUGAGCGUCUUAACCCUGGCUCAAGACGAAACGAGCGUGCUCAGUGGGAGCUGGGACAAAAACAUCCUCGACUGGGACCUGAACACAGGCACCGUCAAGCGGCGCUUCGACGGUACAGGUAACCAGAUCUCGGCCAUCGAGCUACGGCCCCUCAACGGCACACCGGUGCCCGCCGAGGCGUCUGACUUUCAGGCCAAGAAUGAGACCUUUUCGUCGAGCAACAACCGGCCACCAACCAACGGCGCUUUUUCCGGCGCCAAUGACACAUUCAACGCAGCGCCUGCCAACACAGCAGCGGCCGAAACAACGGAAGCCCAAGCGUCUCCGGCGCAUGAGUCUCUGUUUGGCGGCAGUGACACUGGAUCCCUAUUUGGCGAAACAGGCGCCGGAGGGUUCGGGGGUGAUGACGAUGAUGAAUUCUCACAGGCCAUGAACAUGACCAUGCAUGAUGCGUCAGGUCAGGAUGGUGGCAUGGAGGGAGGAAUGGACCAUUCCGCCGACAUGGCGACAUUCGAUUCCGAGACGGUGCCGGCCCCGGCUGUUCAACCGCCUCCAAGUAGCCCAUUGGUGGCGAAGCAACCCCCACCGCAACCUUCGCCAGUUGUGCAUCCGGCACCUAUCCCCGAGCCAGCGGCCGACCCCAUGGUCACAGACCCAACACCUACCGAACCCAUGGGAAUGGCUGAGUUUGAAGCUGUCACUUCUGCACAGACAGAGCAGCAGCCUCCAGACUCGCCGUCUCUUGUCUUCUCAUCCAAGCCAGCUCCCCCUCCGCUCGACCCAACCCAGUCCUCCGAUACUGUAUUCUUGUCGGCCGCCAUCAACGGCACUAUCCGCAUCUGGGAUCGCCGCGUCCAAGAUCCCGUCGCGCGGAUCGGCACUCGGACAGGCGUGCCGCCGUGGUGCAUGGGCGCCACCUGGAGUCCUGACGGCGACUGGAUUUACGCAGGUCGGCGAAACGGCACCGUUGAAGAGUUCAGCAUUCACAAGGCCCGCAGUGGAUGGGACCCUGAGCGAACCCUCAAGUUCCCAGCCGGCUCCGGCGCCGUGACUGCUGUGCGGGCGAUGCCGAACGGGCGACACCUGAUCUGCGCUUCGCAUGAUAUUCUGCGUCUCUAUGACACGAGAGACACGGCGGCGUUUAAAAACUCGAGCGUUCCCUUCCUUAUCGUACCCGGCCCACCGCGUGCUGGUGUCAUUUCUUCGCUGUAUCUCGAUCGCACAUGUCGUUUCAUGAUCUCGACGGCUGGCACACGAGGCUGGGAAGGCUCAAACACAGAGGUGCUGAUAGGAUACGAGAUCAAUGUUGUCGGCGAAAAAUAG